AUGUUUGAAAAUGUUAAGAACGCAAUAACCACCUCGGCACAGGGACGAGCUGCGGUUAAGAAAAAUUCUACUGUUCCUUUCCCGCUCACUACAAAUGUCAAAUCUUGGCUUUUGAGCAAUUCCGACCGUCGUAAAUUACGCGAUGAACUGAUAAAACGUUUCUCGGAACUCGCGACUUACGAAACAAAACAAGGCGAACAAAAUCUUUCUAUCCUUCCUGAUCGCAUUCAUAGAGCUAAUAUAACCACUUAUAAUGAUUUGCAUGGAAUGUUAUAUAUCGAAGAAAAAAAUCCAACAUGGCUUAGAUUCGAUAAGGACAAGAGAGAUAUGAUAGUACCUAGUGUUUACACACUAUGGCGUUUUCCUAAUCUUUUGCCAAAGAUCCCCACAUUUGCACCUGUAAUCUCAAAAUUAAGUGGUGGUGCAAAUUUAAUGAUUCCUGGUAUUGCUUUCCCCCCUAAAGGAUUGCCGGAUGUUGGAGAAGGAGAACUCGUAUCUGUUACUAUUAGAGGAUCUAAUUAUCCACUUGCCGUAGGAUUCAUGUGUGUAUCUACUAACACACUUAAACCUGGUUCAGUAAAAAAGGGUAUCGCUGUGCAAAUCAUUCAUAUUUAUCAAGAUCACUUGUGGAGCAUGGGAGAUAAAAGUCAACCUCCCGAGGAUGAGGAUGUUAAAAUCGAUUCGGUCACUCAAGAUCAGGAAUUUGUGGAACAGACCUUUAAUGAAGUGAAAAUUGCAGAUGAGACAAUUGAAGAGAGUAGUGAGAUCUCUGAUCCGCAUGCAAAAACAACAAAUGUUCAGGUUUAUGAUGAAGAACAGAAUAUUGAAGUCUCAUAUGAAGAAGAGUUAGAAACUAAAAAUAGUAGCAUUGAACAACCAUCUACCAAAUACACUACUGCUGAAGUCGAUAAUCUUUUGCAGGCAUCAUUUUAUCAGGCUCUCUUAAAAAAAUUGACACCAACUGGAACCUUACCUCUCACAAGUUCGCAACUUUAUUCUGCGUACAUUCUUCCAUCACGUCCGGUUGGAUCAGAUAACGAUGUUGAUGUAAAAAAAUCUAGUUAUAAAAAAAUUACAAAAUUUUUAAAGGCGAUGGAUAAAAAAGAUGUUGUCAAACUCAAAGAGCAGCAUGGUGAUACUCUCUUGGUUGGUGUUAAGUGGGAUCACGACGAACUUAAAUUGUUUAAAACUCAUAAAACUAUUGAGAAAGCAUCUAUUUCUGCCUCGAAAUCGCAAAUCAAGAAUGAUGAAAUAUCUUCAGACUCUAAUAAUGUGGACCAAAUUAAAAUUACUGAGGUCUUCAUGCCCAAAGGUGCUAUUGGUGAACUUUUCCAAAUGCAAGGGAAAAGUAUAGAUGAAGUUUAUGAAUAUAAGGAAGUAUCAAAAAUAAUCCUUGAUUACGUUACAUCGCAUGAUUUGGCUGACAAGAAGAACAGGAGAUUUGUAAUUCCUGAUGAACAGCUUUGUAAAAUUUUUGCAAGCAAGCAAGGAGAACCUGUACCUGAUAAAAUGACACGAAAUGAUUUAGUAUAUCAUGUUCAAAGUCGUAUGGAUGAAUACCAUUCAGUAACCCUACCAGGAGAUAAACAUCGAUUAAAGUUAAAAGGACGACCUAAGAGUAUACAAAUUUCCGAGGCACGUCGAAUGGGAAAUAAGAUAGUUACUAUUAUCAAAGGUUUAGAAGAGUACGAAAUUGAUCCCAAAGAUUUGAUAGAACCUCUCAAAAAGUUAUGCGCGAGUAGUGUUGCUGGUAAUUUUUGA